AUGUCGUUACACAUCUACAUUGCUCACACGGGAGAGCAUUUUCUGGCUGAUCCAGUGGCAUUUGCUUCUCCCGAUGCUUUGAAGUCAUGGAUCGUUCGCAACACAUCUAUCCCGCCUCCUCGGCAAAUAUUGAUGACAGCCCGGGGAAAGAAUGUCAAGAUCCAAACGUUAGCUACCGAGAACGAGAUCUUCGUCUAUGACCGACAAUACGUGAGUGAACCGGGCGAAGUCGAACUUGCGGAACUACCUCCGCCAGAGCCAUUUCAACCAAGCAGUCCUCCAGCUACCCUCAAAGAUCAGAAUGACCUGCAGGCAUGGCGGAACCUCUAUAUGGCACGGCGCAACUGGGCGCUGGAUCUGUCUAGUCGAUGUGCAUCGAUUGAUAAGAAUCUCCGCCAACAUAACGAACGAACCGAUGUGAUGAACCGCGCGGUGGGUGUCGCCCUGGAGAACCUCAAGUCCCACGUGGGUAACCUAGAACAUCGGUUUCAAGAGGCACAAUCAUGGGCGAACAACCUUCUAGAAGAGCAGCGGGCUGCUUUAGAUGGUUGGCAACGAGCUCUCACCACAUUAGACAAUAUCCCGGCACGCAAGGACUUCCCUCUUCUCGGACGUCCAUCCACACCAAAAAUGGACAAGGAUCGCCCGACCGGGACUCUUCGGGACUUUGUUGAUGUGGGCGAGGUCCAGCGGGCUGGAGCCGAGGCGGCGACUGUCUCACAGGCCUUUGCUGACAGCGUUCAUGACAUCGAGAGGAGCAUCGGCGAUAUUGCCUCUGACACCCAGCAGCUGGUGGAUGAGGCACUUGCUUCUGAUAUACACAGGGUGGAUGGGCUGCUGGAGGAGGUGGAAACGAUUGCCAAGAAGGUUGAAUCGGAUUAUGAGCAUGUUCUCGGUCUUCCGAACAACCAAAAGACGUUGGCCAAUAUCUCUAGACUUGCAUUCAGCCACACCCAGGACCUCCUUCCCUCGCUGGCAGAGAUCGGUAUGGAGCUCCAAGCUGCUCUCGAACAAGCUGUGCAACGCCGAGGGGCCACGGAGAAAAAGAAUAUCGAAUAUAUGCGCAGGAUUUCCGCCCUUGAGUCCAGGCUUGCCGAUGCUCAUGCACGUAUGGUCAAUCUGGACGUGGGGAGCAAUGCAUUUGAGGUCAUAUACUCUGUCUUCCAAAUGCCAAUGGUCUACGGGUCGAUUUUAAUCGAAUCUGUGCGGCGGCGGGAAUGGAGUGAUAAGAUCAAGACCGACUCUCUGACGCUGGCCGAGGAGAUGGCGGUUCUGAGAGACGAAGAGCAACGCCGCAGGAAGAAAUGGCUGAAAAAUAUGGGCGACUUCAUGACUGUGACUGAUUCUACCACCCCCGGUAUCGAAGUCAACCUUCAAGGCCAGGAUGAUGAAUGGCCCGAAGUAGCUCGCAAAGAGAUCGAGUAUUAUAUCGAUGAUUUGAAAACCACUCAUUCUUUAACCAACCUAGCAGACCAGCUCACCGAGCAACUCAAAGAGCUGGAUGCUCCUACCCGGCAGCAAAGACGACGGGCCAAGGCAUUCAAACAAGGCAGUGUUUUUGACUUGAGUCGGAGCUCCAUAUUACGCGCGGAUGAUUCGGUCCGCAGCUUGCAAGAAGAAAAGACAAAAUUGGAAGAAAAGCUCAAGGGGUCUGACAGCCGUGUCCGGAAAUUGGAGGACCUUCUGCAUCGCCAGAGUCACCUCAGCCGGCCAUCGAGCGGUACCUUUGGCCCAGACUUCCCCGGCUCACCUGCAUCUCCCCAUCCCGCCGACGCACUUUCUAGACGAUCAUCCGCCUCUUCGAGACGAGUCUCGGCUACUCAAUCUCCUGAAGAAAAAGCACUCAUCCAGCGCAUUGUCAGUCUCGAAGGAGAGUUGGCGGCAGAGAGGGAUGCAGUGCAGCGGCUCCAUAAAGAAGCCCACGCCGAGCGCCAAACCAAUUCAGAUAAGUUCCAAGAAGUUCAGUCCACCAAGCAGGAUCUCAUUGGCAAUCUCGAAGCACGUCAACGCGAAUUCGAGGAUGAGCGCCGGUAUUUGGAUGCGGAACUCCAGAAACUCAGACUCCGGAACGAGGAGAUGGAGGAAGAGCUUGACCGGCUGUUGGAUAGCAGGCAGGAGAUUGAUGACCGGAUGCACCAGCUUGAAGUUGACUUGCAAACCGCUCGCGAAAAUUCUGCCGACGAAGCGCAAAAGGUCAUUGACCUUCAUGGGCAGAUUCAGACUCGACAAGAGCGAGAAGAAUCACUCCAGGCUAAGGUCGGUGAUCUUGAACACCAGCAAGUGGAGUUUGAGCAGAAGAAUCAGGAGAACUACCAAGCCCUCCAGGCUGUCUUUAUGAACCUGUCGCCUGGUGGCAUUGUGCCCGCUGAUGUACCCGACUUAGUCAAAGCCAUUGAAGUACUCUGCGAGGGCCUGUCUAUCCACGCCAAGAGCGUGGAGACGAAUGCAUCCCAGGCGAUGGCCGAGAAUAAGGCCCUCGAAGAACGGAUUUCCCAAUACGACUCCGAGGCAGACGGGCAGAAAAAGAACCUUGAAGAACGGGAGGCCGAAGUGUCGCGACUAACUGCGGAACUUUCAGAUGAGCGAUCAAAACUGGAGAAGUUGGCUGAGGAACUAGAGAAGGAGAAAUCCAAGUCUGAGGCUCUGCAAUCUCAAAUGAGCGCCGGAGAAAGCGGCGUUGAAGCCUUGCGUGAACAGAUCGCGGACAAGGAACAGAAACAAACAGAGCUGUCACAGCAACUGGCUGACGCUGAGAGCCAGGUUCGAGUUCUGAAGGAUCAGGCGGCGGAGUGGGAGAAAGGGGCAGGCGCCACAUCAGCGACUGAACAGCAGGCUGUGGCGCGAUUUGAAGCCCGGGGUAUCAAAUCCCACGAGAUCUCAAAGCAACUGUUUGCGCAGGUUGAGAAGCUGGGUCGGAUGCUUGAGCAGUUGGGAUUCACCAUCAUUCAGCAAGACGGUCAGCUUAUUGCUCAGCGUGCUUCAAAGCUCAGUGCAUCUUUGAGCCUGGGCGAAAGCCUGGCCCAGUCAGGCAUUGUAUCCUUAAAGCCGGACACAGCACUGCUGGCGUGGAUGGAAGCCGAAAAUCUAGAAGAUGAGGAUGCCAAGUUCUCCGCUUUCAUGGAAAGUCUAGCCCAGUUUGACGUCUCCGUCUUCGGUGACGUUGUCGUCAAGCGCGUCAAGGACAUCGAAUCCCUGGCCCGCAAAUGGCAACGGGAAGCCAAAGGCUAUCGUGACAAAUACCACCGAGUCCAGAGCGAAGCUCACGACAAGAUCGCCUACCGGUCGUUCAAAGAAGGUGAUCUGGCCCUCUUCCUCCCCACACGGAAUCAAGCCAUUCGUUCUUGGGCAGCCUUCAACGUGGGAGCUCCACACUACUUCCUCCGCGAACAAGACUCCCACAAGCUGCAGACACGAGACUGGCUCCUCGCCCGCAUCACCAAGAUCGAGGAGCGAGUCGUCGAUCUCUCCAAGUCAAUGAACGGUCUCGCGUUAGACCGUCGUUCCGUCGGAGAUGCCAGCGACGCCGCCUCUCUGGAAGACGAGAACCCGUUCGAACUCUCAGACGGCCUCCGCUGGUACCUACUCGAAGCCAUAGAGGAGAAGCCCGGCGCCCCUGCCACACCCGGCCUAGGAAAGAGCACAGUUGCGUCGGCGCGCGUCGAUGCCAAGGGCAGCAUCCGCCUCAAGCGCGGUACGGAGGAAGGAGACGUUGCCAAAACUCUUUCCAGAAGCCUCGAUAGCCGCCGCGAGAGCUCCAAUUCAAAACGGGGCACCCCCACGCCGUCACAGCAUGCCGUCGAGUCUACGACAGAUCUUGUGCGCCCUGCAGAUGCUGAUUCUGGCUCGCAGCCCCGAGAUGCUGCUCCGAUAUUCGACGAGGUGCGCCGUGACCUGCGCUCCAGCCCGUGA